UAAUAGAACAGUAUAGUGGGAAGAUGUCUCGAGGGUGGAGAGAAGAAAUAGUGAGGAAGGAGGCCGGGAUGAAAGGCAGUCUGUCCAUUAUUAAAACCAUUACCAUGAUAACUAAAGAACACACCGAUCAAUACACCAUAAAGAAACGAACCUUAGGGAUAGAAGAACAGCAAGAGGAGAGGGAAUGAGAGGAGGGAGAGAGGGAUCGAGAAGAAGGAGCUGGAGAGGGAAGGAAGGAAGGGAAAGUCAGUCUGUCCAUUAUUAAAGCCAUUACCAUGAUAACUAAAGAACACACCGAUCAAUACACCACAGAGGAACGAACCUUAGGGAUAGAAGAACAGCAAGAGGAGAGGGAAUGAGAGGAGGGAGAGAGGGAGAAGGAGAGGAGAGGGAAGGAAGGAAGGUGUGUGGGAGGGAGAGGAGAGGAGGAGAGGUGUGUCAGUCUGCCCUGCCCGCCGCCGCCGCCGCCUGCCAGCCUCCGCACGGAAUCAAUGGCGUGAAUCAUCCUCAGGACCCCACUCCCGGCUUGCUGCAGGGGAGUGUGUGCCGCGGCGUGCUGGGAUGUGACGGCCGUGCACGUGCCCACACCUCCUCCCCAGGCGUGCAGAGAAGCUGAGACAACAGGCACAGUGUGAUGUAGAGGUGAUGUAGAGCUGCUGGAGCCAGGCAGCAAGGAUGGUCGCUCCAGAGACUCACAGCUGGGUGGGGGUGGCGGCCCUGGUGGUGCUCCUGACACUUCUGCUCCCCCGUGUGGCCGGAGAAUGUAGCACACUAGAGCAAGACACCAUCCUCUUCAAUGACCUCAAGGACAUGAAAGACAGGCACUGCUACAGGUGCUACCAGGCGCCUGUGACUCAUCGCCUUCAGGUGCAGCUGCGCCGAGUGCGGCUCAAGGGCCUUUCCUCCAUAAUGAUAUACAUGGCAGACUCAGCCAACCACAUCUCUGCGGACUGUGGAGACUGCCAAGAAGGAACAGCCUGCCAGGAGUGCAAGGAGAUCACAGCAGGAAGGAUGUUUGAGCUGUACCUCCGCCAGGACACGUCCCUAAACUUGGAGGAGGGGCAGAAUGCAUGUGAAUACAUUGCCUCCUUUAACAUUACCCUGAAUUUGAUCAGUGAUGAACCUGAGGUGGAGGUACCCCCAGACUGUGACAGUGGCUUCCUUGUGAACUUUCCUCAGUCUGGUGACUCGUGCAUCAUCAACACCACUCUGCUGGGCACAGAGACGCACUGCCUAAUGCCCACCUGCUCUGAAGGCAUCCUGGCCUCUGACGACUUGGUGGAGAAAGUGGAGCACACUUUUAAAUUGACGUCGCUGCCAGAAACAUGCGUGUGGAAGCUGAACACUGAGCAGCGCAAGCACCUCACUCUCACCUUUUCCCAGGACAUCCGACCUCACCUUACGGUGUUUGAAGGCUCCCUCAUGAACCCACGGUGGGACAUGGAGUGGUGUCCGGCCUACAGCAACAAUUACAAGCUGGAGACUGAAGCCAACGCUGUGUUUGUGGUGUAUCAUAACACUAACCCACUCACGAAGAAGGGCUCCCUCUCCAUAACCUCACAAGCAGCUGUCUGCCUCAUCCCUCCCUCCCUGGAGCAUGGCAAUGUGGAAUUCAAGCGUUUGGAGUCCGGUAUGGUGGCUUUAUACUCCUGUGACCACGGCUACAGCCUCAUCGGUCCCCCCAAACUAAGGUGUAAGGACGGAGGAUGGAGUGACCCGCCCGUGUGCCUGCAUGACAAGGAUAAACUGAUGUCUGAUGCCCCAAUGGAUUCAGUAGAGAGUGUGGACAGUGCCAAUGUCACUGAUUUAGCCCCAGAGAAUGACACUAGCUUGAGCCCAGGUGACGACAGUGAGCAGCAGGUGAAGCUGGCCACACCGGAAGAAGCGGCAGAAGAGGCAAUAGAAAUGGCAGAGGAGGAGGAAAAGAAGGAGAAAGAGGCAAAGGAGAUGGAGGAGGGUGCGACUUCAGAGCCAGAAAUGGAGGGUGAGAUAGAAGACGAGGUGGAGGAGGAGGUGGACUUGGAGACAUACAGCACCUCCACCUCUGACAUUGAUUGGGAUAGUGAUGACUACCCUUCAAACGACACCGAAGAUCAUGUGCUGCAGCCGUCUUUCAACUCCACCGAGACAACCAGCAGUGGCGGAAUAUUCUCCAACCUUCUCAACUUUAACCUGGAGGAAAACCUGAAGCUGUAUAUCAUCAUCGGGGGCGCAGGUCUCACAGCACUCAUCCUCAUCAUCAUCAUCUCCGUCAUCGUCUACCGCAAGAAGUACCCGAUGAGGCUUGGUUUAGGGCGACGCUUUGACACCUUCCAAAACCCGAUUUACGAGAAGGCUGUAGUGCGUGUGCCUCUGCAGGUGGAAGAGCCGCCCAUUGAGGAGAAGAAAGCGAGUGAUGCAGAGGAGAUUAGUAAUUGCACAGUGCUAGAGCCUUAGGAAAGAGGUUGCUGGAGUCAUAAUUUUUCUUCUUUUCUUUUUCUUUUAUGUUGAGCUUAAGAUUUUUAUAUUUCUUUUCUUUUAUGAUUGCAAGUUUCCUCUCCUCUUGUUUUAUGCUUUUAUUUUUUAGAGCUGUGAGAGAAAGGUCAGCUUAAAUUAUCCUUUUUCUUCAUUGAGGUCUUUUAUUUAUUUGGUUUUAUCUUAUUUAUUUCAGAGCUGUGAGAGGAUUGAAUGACAGUUUUCUUUUGUUGUGUGAGUUUGUCCAAACCUUCUGUUCCUAUUCUGAUUCAUUUUCAGAGGUGCAAUUAAUACUUGGACUCUUUCUUUAUUUCACUUGUCCAUACCUUCUUAUUUUCACCUCACUUUCACCAGGUAAUGAAUACUUCUUGUGCAGCCCCUGUGCUCUGAGUGUCACUUGGUGCAGGACCCGGCGGGGUCCUGGGGGCUCUGCAAUGUGAGUACCUCGAGGUGUUGAGUGUCAAUUCAAAAACUUGUAUUAGAGGAAGCCAGCAUUGCUGGAGUCUAAAAUGGAGCUUUAUGUAACUCUACAAUUUUGUAGAGAAUAAAGCUUUGUAUCAUGUGUCUUAAAUUAGGUAUAUGUGGUGAGAGAGUGAGACGAUUUCACAAAGUGAAAUAUUAAAACUUUUUUUCUUUUUAUCAAAUGUGCCUGCUGGGGCUCAGACCAAGGGCUGAGUGAAGAGUGCAAACUAAGUUUGUUUCCCAAAAAUGACCUAUGUGAGUGUGCCCAGUGGAAGACUAAUAGUGCAAGCCUUCAAAAGAAUACUAAAGAAUGACAUUAUGAGGCUCGCCCUGUGGUGGUGUCUCAGUCACUCACAAAAGCUGCAGGUGGAGUAUUGCCUUGUGCUUUUUCUUCAUGUGGUUUUAGCAAGUAGGGACAUUAAUUUGUGUUCACAUGAACAAAAGUGAGAAAUGAGCAAAACCAGAAUUUUACUGUAAAUAUACAUAUAAUAUUUGGUGUCCAUUGUAACAGAUUUUGCCGUGGAAGGGACCAAAGAUGUGUAGGAGGAAAAGAAGAGAUAGUAGGCAGAGAGAGAAAAAGUUCACCCAUUAGUGAUUUUAUGGUGUCAUAGGAACUGGUGUGUCAUGGUUUAUGGGGAGAGUAAUGGGAGGUGUGUGCAGUUUAAACCAGUCUGCUAUGGGUUGGUGGGAAGCUGGAUAUGUGGGGUGCUGAGGACUGCAUGGUAUGGGUGGUGUUUGGCUGCUACAGGGAAACUUGACUCUAGUGGACACAGGUUUCCAGUUUCUGUUAUAAGACAAUAUGCACUGGGAUUUUACUUUUAAUCUCCCAUGACUCGCUAGAAUGAUGUUUUUGAUCUCUGCAACAGGACUUGACAGGCUGUGCUUCUCUCCUUCCCCUGAGAAAGUGUAUGUCUGCUAGUCUAGCUGUACAGAAUUUUAUAUUACUCAGCCACUAUACAUGUGAUUUGAUGUGUAAGAGUUUUUACUUGCAGAUGUCAUGCGUAUCAAAAAGUUUGUGUGCAUUGCUACGUGAGCUUGUGCAAGAGUAGGCGUGUUUACAUUAAGUUCUGCUUGCAAGAGUGCUUGUCUGUGGCUUGGUUACUGCAAUGUGGAGGCAUCUCAGGCCUCAGGAGGAGCCUAGUGUGUAGCUGUAUGACAGGAUUCACUAGUUAAUGAUCCACAGUAGCUGUAGUGUAUAAUUAGGAUGUAGCAGCCAAGAGAGCAUCUACUUUUGGCAUCAAGAAACCAAGUGAUUUGGUUUUAAUGAAGACUGUACUAGAGGACUUUUGAGCUCCUCGACACUGACAUUGCCAUUUUCUUCUCUGUGCCAUGUCAUGAUGCCUGUGAUGAUCCCCUAUAGGAGAACACUAUUACAGGAUCCUUCUUUAUUUACACUCACUUCUCAAUGAUAUAAUUCCUUACAUUGCUGAGUGGCAGUGUAGUUUGUUUGUCAGCACAACGCAGCCAAGGCUCACUUUAAGUUACCAUUGUAUUUAUUGUAAGAUUCCCGUCAUGGACAACUUGACGUCCAGAGUUUACAUGCACUUCCUCCUUUGAAAUAACUAUAUUUGGGUCUGUUAAAUGAAUGACCUUGAAUAAGAUGUCUUAUCCUCAAGUAUUAUCAAACUGCUUCCUUUCACGUGUGACUCAAUAUUUUGAACUCGUGCUUAUCUUUGCAUUUCCUGUAUUUAUGGAGCAGCUGCACAAGAAGCCUCACCCACUCCUCACUCACUCCCCAGUUAGCACACGUCACCUUAGGAAUAAUCAUCUGGAUACUUUUGUAGCAGAGACAGGUAUUGCAUUGACCUAACCAAACACUUCAUUGCAGAGUUGUCUUUAGGAAUAUUUGCAGCACAGACAGACUUGCCACUCAUUCAUCUUGUUACAUUUUUAGCGCAAAGGAGAGCCAGGGUGUGAGGAAGGCCUUGGAGGCAUGGGAGUGUAGUUGGCAGGCUCAUGCGGGUGGGUGUGACGGUGGUGCAUCAUGAUACCAAUACAAGGAAAUAACCGUUUGUUGGGGUGAUGUGUUAUGAUAUAGUUUUUUAGCAGGUAGAUUGUGCUGUAAGCAACAAUACCUCAUUUUUGCCAUAUGUUGCAGCUUCUCUGGUCAUUCUUAUCUUUUUUAGUGUAUUUUGCUAUUUCUUUACUUUGUAAGUCACCACAAUUUUAUCACCAAAAUUAAAGCACCAGCCUCUAGGAAUUUUGCCAAAGUACAUAUGUUUAGAAAGAAUUUAUUUUUUUCUCUUUUUCAAGUUUGUCAAAUAUUUUUUCUUUGAUGGCCAUGACUUUGAUAGGAUGUUUUCUCCCAUUGUCGAAGUCACUGUGUGUUGGAGUGUAUUUCUCUACUUUAGUGAGGAGGAAUAGAGGAACAUCUGUGCUGGAAGAGGUGUGAUGUUUGGCUGUGUCUUCUCAUCAUUACUGGCAGGAGAUGGCCAUGUUAGGUGCUAGAGUAUGCAUGUGUGUGUGUGUGUAUGUGUGUGUGUGCAUUCGCUCUGUGUGCAAAUUUGUGGAUACCUUGAGUUUCCAGGCGAUGUAGGGAUGUGGUGGGAUUACCGGGUGUGGCUGGGCACUUGUGGGUAUGGCAUGGGUGUGAAGACGGUGCUGUGGUGAGUGACGGUGCGGCAGUGCUUGACUUUGUACUUUUCUUCCUCAUUUAGGUACAACAGGCUAAGGAAUAUCGCCCCUAGCAGUGAAGGGAUUGUUUUAUAUUUUCCUCAUAGUAUGCUGAACCCCACUUUAAUUAUGUGCCAAAGUUCUGUAUCUUUCUUUACUGAGCAUACCUUGAUGAAUCUCAGAAUAUUCCAAAUCUUGGUUGUGUACCUGACGAAGAGUGUCCGGUAAGGAACCACUGAUGAUUACCUUGUGUUCCUGCCGCUCUGUUUAGGUUUACUCUUCAGAACGUAUCAUUUCGUAUCAUUUAAGUUGCCGAUGCAUCUCUAGUAUUACCGGAAAUGUUCGUUUUGCAUUCUUACAUGUUUUUAUACAGUCGAUGCAUUCUCCAUAUCGCAUCUGUUUCAUAUACUAGCCUCAGUUUGCAGCCUGCGUUCUGAGGUGUGAAACAAAUCAUGUUAAGUGAACCAAUUACUCUUAGGUACUGGUAAUAUAGAAGUGUUUAUUUCUCAUAGCAAACAGAUGUAUCUACGUACAGUUAGUGCAUGCCCCAUUAUAUCAAAGUUUGUAUUUACCUCAGUUUGUAGCCUCUGGUCUGAGGACUGCAGUCAGUGUUUUCCUGCUGUUGGAGAUCCUCCUUUAGGCCCUGCUCCCUGUAACUCACUCGCUAGACAGCGUGAUCAAUAAUAGUAUUGAAAAAAGAAUAAUUCCUUCAGUCAGUAAGUACCAGAAGGAGCCAAGACCUAAAUAAGCACCUCCAACGGCAUAGAUAGCAUUGCCUGUAGAGAAGCAGGUCUGAGUCUGUAUGUGUGCAGUCCGUUAGGAGAAGUCUGCAUUAAUGGUCCUUCUCUAGUCAGUUAAGAGAGUGCAGGAGGCCUUGGCUGUGUGGUCCGGCUGACCCACCGUGGCGCAGCAGUCGCCACACGCCUCACCACCGAGCUGCCGCAAGACAGCCGCCAGCCGCGUCCUGGUGGGCCGCUGGUGGCCUCGGCAGCUUUAGUGAUAGCUUUCAUUAUGCAAGUGUAGCUCCAUGUAAUUGAUUAAUGCUAAUGUACGUACGUCUUAAGCCUCGGAGUGACGUCUUCUUCCUUUACGCUGCUACUCCGGCUCUGAAUUGUGACAUGCUAUCGUGUAUUACUCUCGUAGAGGCGUGUAGUGUAUUCUCAUUAUGCAUUUAGAGGAGUAAGGAAAUUUAUCACAUCUUUGGAGAUUAUUAUUAGUCAUUAUCAUUAUUAUUAUUUUCAUUAUUUAGAAGCUUGAUUUUUAUUACGAUUUUUAAUACUUAUACGUGAAAAGGUAAUACAUAUAUGUUCAGUAAUAUUUUAUAGAUUCUAUUAUAUUCUAUUGGAAUGAUUAUAUAUGUAGUAGUUUUUAAAAGUUUUAUAAUACUGUCAUGAGAAUUAUGUGUAGUGUGUGGUGCCAAGUAAUGAUAAUGUGUAGCUGCUUCAUGCACGGGGAGGCUUGGGAGAGCAGGUGAUGGCAGUGCGGGAAGGAGAGAGGGAGGCGAGGGUUUUCCUUUCCCUUGGUAUUUAAAAGGCAAAGUUGAGUUGGAGGGAGAAUUGAGGAAGCUUGAGUUUCUUGCUUCCUACACAUAAUACUGGGGUGAUAGAGUGCUUUGUUGAUGUCAGAGAUGUAGUGAAAAAAUUGCUACAUCCGCUGCGUGUAACCUUAGGAGAGUAGAGUGGUCCGAAUUGCCUGGUUUUGGGAUUAGUUGUCUCUCUCCCUCCUCCUUGUAUAGGCCGUCACCUCUCAGCCAUAACCCAAGGAAUUCUUCUCCAUUUGUGCUGUGGUGGUAACUGGUGUGUGGUGUGGCUGCGUGUCUGUGCCAUGGUGGAAACACACACACACACACACACACACACACACACACACACACACACACACACUGUCUCAUUAAAGUGAAAUAACCUGAUAAGAUUUUGAGGAACAUUGCUUAUGUAUAAAAUGAUUUCUGAAGGAUGCUACUUAAAACGAUUUUGUAUAUAUGAUGGAACGUAUUUACGGUUUAGCUCACAUUCUCUGCUCAAAGUUAUUGAAAUGCGUUCACUAGUUAUUAGGUCCUGUUGAAUCAGCAAUCAUUAUAUUGUUUACUUUUCAAUUCAGAUUAAUAUAGGGAAGCAGAUGUUUCCUUUACCUACACAUAAUGAGAAAACGACCAAUCACUCUACAGACACACACCACAUUAUAGCCGUGUGUUUGUGGCAGAUCACAUCACCACCACUGUCACCACAGCCACAGCAUUAUGCAAACAUACGCACCACUAUUUAAAUAGGCUGAUUCUUACGCACCAAGAACCUUGUGUGUGUGUGCGUGUGUGUGUGUGUGUGUCAGUGUGCGCGUGCUCCAUUUAUGGUUUUGGGGUGAGCAAAAAGCCCCUCAAGGUGUAUGUAAGAUAUGAUUUUUAGGGGCACAGUAGAGGCCCCUAAAAAUUUGUGUGUAGGAUUGCAGUCGCUCCCAAACCUAGGCUGAUUCACACCUGCUGGCCGGGUCAGGCUUAGGGGCAUUGCGGGUCAUUAGGUAGUUUAUUUUACACAUUCUGAUGCUCUUGGGUUGCCCUUAUCUCUAUAGAGCAUGUUUCCUAUGUUUAAUUUUAUUGUUUUACCUCAUUAACAAACAAACUCUAAGCACAAAACCAACUUUUCUUGUUAUUACACAAUUGAUUUUCCUUAUGCAUACAAAAGUAGUCUUAUUAACACAUAGCUGUCCCUAACUUUGAAAACACAAAUACAAUGCCUUCUUUAUUAAACAGAACCAUCAUUAUAAAUAAAAACGCAGACUUCUUACUCAUAUAAAUUUUCUCUGCAAGCAACAUUUUAUUUUUAAUCACAAAGCUCUUCACUGUUAUGUCAACUCAUCUUUACAGAACACCAUUGUCUAUUUUAUGUUUAGUUUUCUUUCUUAUUUAGGUACAAAAUCACUUUCCAUUAGUAACACAGAGUCACCCUUCUUCACAAAACACAAAGACAAGACCAAGCCAUCCAAGCAUGGUCACCCAAAUUGUGGGUCCACUAAAACAUAUCCAAAUGUCGGGUAAAGCUGGGGUUGGGAGGUGGCGGCAGCGUUGUGUGGGGUCAGAGAGCCACCGCAUUGUGUGUUGUGUCGUGUGUCGUGCUGCAAGCGUGUUUGUAUCGCACAGAAACCAAAAAGACUAUUAUUUUGUAUGCGGUGUGUGCACGAGUGUGAGGUGACGUUUGAUUGAGUUAUCGUAUACGUAUUGUUUUGAGACGUAACGGAGAUCAGAAACAAGGAGGAUACCUCUUCCGUAAUGCAUUUUUGAUAGCUUCUAAACUCCCAGCAGAUCUUAAACUUACUCUGUGCUUACAUUCUUUUAUAACUUGUCUUCCCGCGAAUCGUUGCAAAGAAAGUAUCUCCCAGGAAUGCACAAAUUAGUCGAUUAUCAUGUUGGGUAUUUUUCUGCUUACAUUAUGAUAAAAAAAGACAGGAUUUCAUGGAUUUUUAUCGGAGGCAGCUGUACCUGGAGGAAAAUUUACUUCCGUAGUCUGUAAAUUUUUCUUUUCAACUUUUGGAGGUCUUCUUAAUAUUCUUGACGUGCUGCAGUGUAAUAUUUUCUGCGUUAAGAUUUAUUUAGGAAUCACUUAAGACCGAAUAUCAGUUAGACAAGAUCCUUAAGUCUUUGGCGUGAAGAAUAGAACCGAGUUAGAAAAUAGGGUUUCCGAGUGUUACUUCUAGCUAAUACUCCUGACCCACUGUAAUGUAUUUUCCGCAUCAUAGUGUUUAUUUAGGAAUCACUCGAGGUUAGAUGAGAUCUUUAAUUCAGUAGCGUGGAGAAUGAACUGAAUUACGUAAGCAAGUCUCAGAUGUCUGUCAAUAAAACCCACUGUAGUAUAUCUUCUGCAUCGUAAGGUUUAUUUAGCAAUCACUCGAGACAAUAUUAGUCAGAUUCUUGAGUGUCAGUGCCAUGGAGAAUUGACUGAGGUACAUAAGAAAACCUCCUGUAAUGUAUUUUCUGCAUCUUCAGGGUUUAGGAAUCACUCAAGGCAGAACAUUAGUCAGACAGGAUUCUUAGGUCAAUGGUACGUAAUAGGGUCUCCGAGAGCUGUCAAGAAAGCCCGCUGUAUUGUAUUUUCUGCGUCUUCAGGGUUUAGGAAUCAUUCGAGACAGAACAUUAAUCAGACGAGAUUCUUAGGUCAGUGGUGUGAAGAAUUGACUGAGGUACGUAAGAAGGUCUCCAAGAGCUGUCAAGAAAACAGGCUAUGGUGCGCGUCACUCUGCGUCGCCUCAUUUUAUAUACAGUAGCGGGAGAGUGAGUGUCUUUCAGCCUAGAGUAGCGGUCCCUACGCCGGCUUGUUUCCAAUCUUCCUAUUUUCUACCGUGUAAGGAAACUUGUCUCAAUUAAAUGUUAUAUAAGAUGGAGAA